GUUUCAGUCUGUUUUGCUUUUUGAUGAGCAGUCAGAGCAAAUUCUGUUCGUUAAUAGAGCGCACUUAACAUUAACAAGCAUACACGCUGUGGAUAAAUGUGAAUGUUGGGCACACGAACAGGAUGGUGUUAGUUUGUAGUGCGUAUAACUGUAAAAACACUCUGAGGAACAAAAGCGUCUCUUUCCACUUAUUCCCUCUGAAAGACCCCAGCUUGCUGAAAAAGUGGCUUAAAAAUUUAAGAUGGAAAGACUGGAAACCCAAUCCAAACAGUAAGAUCUGCUCGGCCCACUUUGAAGAGAAGUGUUUCAUUUUAGAGGGGAAGAAAACAAGACUUCACACAUGGGCUGUGCCGACUAUCUUCUCAUUUCCUAACCGGUAUUCAGAAAGAAAUGUUAAAAUAAAUCCCAGAAGCAGAAGGGCUCGGAGAAUUGUUGGCGACCCCAGCUCUUCUAUUCAAGCAGCAGAAACAUCAGACGAGUCCAACUCUGUAAACCCAGCUCAGAGAAGCACAGACACGAGUUCACAUACAAACACUUCUGAAGCAAACAGUUCAGAUCUGACAGGAGCCAAGCCGAACGGUGACUCCACACAGCAGCUGACAGAACCAGAGAAAAGUCUGCAAUGGACCAUCCUUGGCGAUGAAGUUCUGGACAGAAGCAUGACAAUACCCAGUUUCUUUCACAGCGGAUAUUGUUUUCCCAAUAACAUCCACUGGGCUGGUGACGAUGAAUUAAAUAUUGUGCCCCAUGUGGUUUAUGGAGUUCUAGGACAAACCAAACCCCAAAUAAUUGAGGUUAAAGCCAGGUGGGAAUGGCUAGGUCUGGAUGUUAGAGGCCCGUUCUCUCCGACAGUCAACAAGCACACACACAUCAUGACUCUGACUGACUACCACUCCAAAUGGGUGGAAGCUUUUCCUCUGACUGAGAGUCUGAGUCAGGACGUGGCCCAGUGUCUUGCUGAGGUCAUCAGACAGCAGGGGUACCCUCUCGGAGUUCUGUCCCGACUGCCCAAACGGAUCCUCUUGGAGAUUAACCGUGAACUGAAGAAACACCUGAGGUUGAAUGCAAACGCUUUAGUGAUACACCACCGGCAAACUGGAUACAUGGACCUGGUCACCGAAUCACUUCUUAAUGAUAUGCUGGAUGAGCUGGUGAAGAAACACAGUGGAAUAUGGCACAUCCACCUCCCUGCUGCCACGCUGCGCCUCUGCUGCACAAACCACCCUACAACCAAAGAGAAACCUUUCACCUGCAUGUGUGCCAGUGACUCGCCGUUUUCCUCAUCACCCCGAGAACUGCCUUUCAGUGCUACUGAUAUUCGCUUGAGUUCGUUUGUCAUCCCAACAACGAAGCAAACAAUCUAGCAGUUGUGUUAGAAACUCAGGUACCCUGCUUGAGGAAUUACAUUUUUCUCAAGUAAACAAAAGUUUUAUUUAUUAUAUGACCUCAUGUUUUUUCAUGUUUGUACUAUAUACUGUAAAUACACAAGCAGAUUUGCACAGUUGUACAAAUAUUACAAAGAAAUAAAACAAAAU